AUGCCUUACCGAGUCUCCGCAAGACCCUCACAUCGCAUAAGACAGGAGGCUGAGGAUUACACUGGCCAACGCCCAUCAAAACGAUUGAAGAUCGACCGGCCUUCCUCGGAAUUCUGGGAUAACUUGUCGAAAAUUUGGUUAACAAGAGACGCGCUCGAGGAGCUAGAUCGAAGAAACAGUGCUUCCGCUAGAUCGGAACAAGUUUGCUCUAAAUCCCGACCAGUUGCCCACCUCCAGGAGAGGCAGAGAUACCGUCAGCGGCAGAAAGUCCCUUCGAGUACUGUUCACUACAGCCCGGCGACUCUAAACGAUAUUAGGCGGUUUUCCAGAGGCGGUGGGCCUGAUUUAUCUGACCUCAGAAAUUUCCCAAAUCCUCAAAUACUCUCUCAACCAAUGAGUGCAAAUGAUCCAAACCGUCGGAAGAGACGUGCAGAAUCCCCCCCAGCCUCUGCGGCAGAACAAAGCAGUACCAGCAAGACCGCAAAGACUACUAGCACAUCCACAUACAACCGCAAUUUCGAGCAAUGUCUGAUCGAUAAUGGCAUCUAUCCACCGGGAUAUAAGUAUCCAAAUGGCCAGAGGCCAGCAAAGCCAAGUAAUUGGUCAGAACUCAACGAACGGCUGGCACAACGCCGAAGUUCUCUCUCGCUGUCACAGUUCUCCGAGGAUGACUUUGAGGAAUUUGUCGAGAAAGAUGCGAAUAUACGGAAAGAGAAACCUAUUGGACGCUUUACUGUUUCAAUUAUAGAAGGCAAAGUUGGAGAUGUGGCGUCUAUGGGAGAGGACUAUCCAUUCACAAAUUUAGCACCCCUAACGGAUAAGACACUAGCAAAUGCAAAGCCAGACCAUUUCUUUGGUGCCAGGCCUGAGCAGCUCGAGUCCCAGAUCCGCGAGGAGCUCAGCAGUUAUAUUGUUCCAUCAUCACAGGACUCCCUCCCAAUACUCCCAAACUUCUUCCUUGAGACUAAAGGCCCCGACGGAUCCCUUGCUGUUGCUACCAGGCAAGCCUGUUACCAUGGAGCAUUGGGUGCUCGAGGAAUACAUAAGCUUCAGAAUUUUAAGCAAGAUGAGGAAUCGUAUGAUAGAAAUGCGUAUACGAUAACCUCAACAUACCAUGGUGGCCAGCUCAAGAUCUAUACAACUCACCUUGUUCCUCGGAAAGGCGGUCGCCCUGAGUAUAUAAUGACCCAGGUAAAUGCCUGGAGCAUGACUGGGAAUAUCGAAACAUUUCGACAAGGCGCAUCGGCUUAUAGAAAUGCCUGUGAUUGGGCAAAAGAGCAGCGAGAGAGGAUCAUAGAUACUGCAAAUGAGAGGCUUGCUCAGGCUCAGUCAGAAGUUCUCACACCGGAAGAUGUGGCAGUUUCUGAAUCGAUAGCCACCCACGAGGGCUCUCAAACAUCAGCAACUUUUGAUGAAACUGAAGUUCAUGAUACUGCAUGGAGCUUUGCACAGCCCAAUGAAGCCGGCCCCGAAGCCUCUAGUAAACCUGAUAGUAGAUAG